UCUCGCCCAAGCUUACUCUUAGACCUACCGUCCGCCGCCACGCUCUACUAUUCCGGCUACCAGCCUACCCAGCGCAGCAGUCACGGCAGCACGGCGAGCAGCAGCGAUCGACCAGCCCAACUUUUCUUCAGUCGACGCCGCGCACCCAAACCAUCAAGACCUAUACCCAGCUGGCACUGCUCUCACUCGCUCGCAAGCAGUCGCUCCUCUCCAGCCUUGUACCGGAUCGUGUGCUCUGCUCUCGACUCUGCGUACGCUUUGCCGAUCGCCACAUAGUGACUUAGUGAUCCGACAGGCUCGGUUUGCACCUGCCCCGGCACCCAGUGCGACUCAUCGCCUCCAUAGCGAUCCACAGCGAGCGCUCGCGCAAUUGCAACACGUGCCCGGAGAGCUGUGGUCGCGAUCGAGCGCGAAAAGCGAGCUGUUGCCUGUGAGUGGAGGGAGUGAGAAGAAGAGCUGACGUGUGGGUGCGGUGGUCUCGCGCGCGCGCGCUCGAGAGAGAGAGAGUUGUAUUUGUGCUAUUGAGCGCGAGCGCCGAGAGGCGGCGUUGAGAAUCAGCCAGCAUGUUCGCGAUAAUGCCAAUGGAGACAGAGGGCCACGGUAGGGAGUUCGGCCGUCGGCAAAAGAUGCGCGCCAAAUGCACGGUCGAGUUCGUCUGCAAAUACUGCCAGCGCCGCUUCACCAAGCCCUACAACCUCAUGAUUCACGAGCGCAGCCACAAGGACGACGUCACCUUCACCUGCGAGGUCUGCGGCAAGUCGUUCAAGCGCCAGGACAAUCUCAAACAGCACAGGAGCAUACAUUCCGUUCCCUACAAGGGUUCCAACGGCUACACUAAUGGCUAUUCGAAUGGCUACUCUAGGUACUAGAGGCCACGAGGCCAACGAUUCGCCAGUGUCCCUCCUUUCCCCUUUCCACACACAAAGUCUCUUUCCCCUCCCUUGAUAUUUUCCCUCGCAAAAAGAAAUUGUAGAUUUUUUCCACAUAGCACGUCCCAAUCAUUUCAAUUUUCUCAUUUUGAUCCCCUCCACAAUGAUGUAUGUUCGUCCGCUGUUGUUUGUCGUCACGUUGGACACGCACAGACGAUACUGUAAAACGCUAUUUAGGUACCGGCGCUGAUUGACGCGGGACCUUUUUCUCCGUUUGAAACAGAAUUUUUUUAACUCCCGCGCUCUCGCUAGUCCAGCAGUCCCUCAUUUUCUGUUUCUCUCUUCUCUCUCUCUCUCUCUCUCUCUCUUUCUCGUAUCUGAAGGAUUCAUUCCGCGUUCUAUCGUCUUUCUUUCGUUCUGCCUUUUCAAUUUCUCGCUGCAACAUCAUCAGCAUCAUCACCACAUCAUUAUCACACUCCAGUCCCGCAUAAAAAAGCAUAAUUGCACACGCAAACAUCCCGCAAAUAAAGCUCUGUCCCGCACACAAACAAGCAGACUGGCCUCACUGAAGACGAUCAAAAGAGCGAGCAUCCAGAAGAAGAAGCGAAGGUCCGUAGCCAGGAAGGAAGGACAAAAAGAAAGAUGCGAGAACGAGCUGCGUAACCUCGGGCACCCGGUCCCUCGGCGAAAUUGGACUGUGUAAUAACCGACUAGCGGCUACCGGGCUUAACGCAUGUUCUCCUUUCUCAUUCUCUUGCCCGGCUACCGGAGCACACGCUAAAGCCACGCCCAGCCCUCCGGCGACACUGUGUGCAGCGGUGGCGGCGGCGGCAGCAACAGCGGCAGCAGCAGCAGGGAGGUGGGCCAGCUGCUAUACAUCCGACGUGCGGCUUGCGAAACUUUUCGCCGAGAGCCAGCCAGCCGACGACAAGCUCAUUUGUGCUGCAUGCGCGCUCCGGCGAACGUGACGCGGGGCGACGGCGCGCGCGAGCGAGCCGUGCCGCCAAUAGUUAUCAAUUGCAUUCCAUCGUUCGGCGCGCGAGUUGAUUUCGCGGCGUGUAACGAGCUCGAGUUUCAAAAUCUCGCGCCGUGAGAGAAAAAAAAAACAAAGCAAGAGAUCGAUAUUGGCCGAGCGUUGAAGACCUUGGCGGACGAUUCAAGAGAAAUUCACUUCGUAUAGUUGCUUAUAUACGGAGUUGACAGUUUUUCGCAAUGAUCCCACGCCUUGAAAUUUUGAAGCUCGAAGAUCGGCGAAAAGCGGGCGAGCGAGGGCGGCCUGGCGCACCGAUCGACGCGGGUCGCGACGACCACCCGCCGAAACUGGAUCCGCGCGACAGGACUAGGAGCGAGAGGAUCGGCUUUCGACCGGCGGCGAGGUACCGACUACGACACGCGCUGCGGCGGCUCUGCGGCCUCUCGAACGCAGUUGUCGAGAGCGUGCUUUCAUUGUAAUGGCUCAUUGCGGCGCAAAGUUCACAUGCCGCAUCGCGUGACCAGCGCAUACCUACGUCGCUCCGCCUGGCUUUUCGAUAAUAUGUUCGUCCGGUCUCUAUUCUAACGCAAAAUCCCUUCUCUUGUCUCUUCUUUCCUCUAAACUUUCAAAACACAUGAGACUGCAGUCGCGCUUUGUACAUAGCUUAACGUAUUACGGCGUUUUUAAUAUUAUUAUUAUUAUUAUAUUAUUUUAUUAUUAUUAUUAUUUUUAUUAUUAUUAUUAUUAUUAUUAAUAUUAUUAUAUUAUAAAUAAACUAGGACAUCACGAGUAUAAAAUUUAUAUAAUAUUAUGAUUAAUUUUAUAAAAAUUAUGGUCGGAUAGUCCUUUUAUAGUCAAGACGUAGCUACUCGACGUAUAGGCUGAGCCGAAAAGAAAAUAUUGAAAGUAUAUACAAAUGUACGCGUCUUGCUGUACCUAGUACUAGUACUACAUUAGAAGUGAUAAUCAAAAUUGCGCGAUUCCCAGCUGAUAAAUUAAUCCCUAUUAUAAUGCGUAAUCCAACGUGUCUCUAUCGCUUUAGCUUUUGUACCAGCUGAUAAAAAAACAACGCCAAAGCGUUCAGCAUGAAAGAAUUUUCGUCAUCCUUUUCGAACGUUACUACAAAUAUUAUUUACAUGCACUGCGUGUAUGCGAAAGCCGCGUACGUCCGACGACUGAUGAGAUCAUGUAGCGCUAUCGUAUAAAACGAAAUAAAGUAAAAGAAGCUUUAAAAAGAACGAAUUUUAGAACGUCAGCAACGACGAUAACGAUCUUUGUGUUUUGUCAUCGUUAUCAUCGAGGCGCACUGCACAAUCGAGGAAUGACGCCAAUGUACUGUGGAUUCGUCCACCAAUUAAGCCGAUCGACCAAUAAAAAUUCGCCAA